UAUAUAUAUUUGAUGCCCAUUUGUUUGACAGAAUGUAUUUCAUUGAUACAGAUGCACGCUGUAGUUUCAGAUUUUGUAGAAGGGAAUACAUUACCUGGAAGGUCUGUCUAAAUUUACUGAAAAUAUUAAUUUAUUUUUCAUCGAGGAGCGUAGGUUUAUCUAUAACUGACUUUGUGGGCAGUUAUCCACAUCGCGUAAAAUACGACUUGAAUAUACAGUACAAAGAAGGGUAGAAAGCUAUUUUCGUAAAAUAAAUGUAAAUAGCGAUUAUUUUUAUAACACAUUAUAAUUGAAAAUGAGUAUCGACGGUAAUUCAUCAAAAUCGAAUUACAAAAAUACAAGAAAUAGAGCUCUUCGAUUGAAUUGCUUGAUGGAACAGGAAUUAAGAAAUAUUGACAUCACAAAAAAAUCGAACAUGAUUUACGUUGAAAGUGAAAUCAGAGCCACAAGGAUAUUUUUGUCUCUCAUUCACAAGCAUUGCGGUAAAUGCGAGACGGCAAUAGAAACUACUGGAAAGGAAAACGAAAUGUUAAGGAAAAAAUUAAGGCGGAAUCCAAGGUUGCGUUAUGGAAAUUAUGACGAUAUUCCCGAUCUGACAGCACGUUCGCUGAGGAAGAAAUAUCGCCAGCAAUUCGAUAUCGACUACGUGAUAUACCGUCACAACAAAGCCAAGCACAUGACGUGGCCUAAUCUCUGAGUAAAACAUCUAGGUUUGAAUAGCGUUGAGAACAACUGUAACAAUGCAAGACUGUAGAAUGUAAAUGUUUUAUAUAUAUCAGAAGUUUCUCAUCUUCUACGUGACAAUACUACUACAGUAUGAAAAAAAGGAAAAUCAGAGGCUUUUACAGCCCGAGCAGUCUUUGGUAAUGACUGUGUUGCAUUUAAUACGUUUAACUUAGCGUAACUAUUUUACUCGAGAAUUCUGAACUCGCGGAAGUCGUACCAUUUUGUUGCUAAAACCCAAAAAAUUUCUGUGGAGGAUUUAGUCUUUAGUAAACUCUCCAACAAGUAUAUUUUUAUACAUCGUUUAUAUAUAUUGACUGUGAAUCUUAAUAUUGAAUUUGGAUGGAAAUGAGAUGACUCUGAUGACCUCAUGGUCGCAUCGCUACCCCAAACCUAGUCCCCAAAAUUAACUGUAUUUAUGUAUUUAUAUAUAAUAUAUAUUUUAUUGCACCAUUGCUUGUUUUCUGGUUGACGAAACAAUGGAUAUCUCUCUCCCUCUUUAUC